AUGCGUUUGGCUAUGACGAGUUUGGACGAGGAAGCGCGCGCUGCGCGAGGUGCAGGCGGAGUCGUGGGGGGCGGUUGGGGUUUUUUGCAGCAAGCGAUUCGGCAGACCAGGGCGGGCGCACCAGGCUCGUUAAAAACGCAGUGGGAUGAUGUGCGGAGAAGGACGGGCAACUGCAGCAGCGGAUGCCGAGAGGGGAUUGGGCGGGGUGGAGAGAGAUGGGUUGAGAAAGAGGAGCUUUGUGUGUGCGCCCGUGGGCAGGGCAGCGGGCAGCGGCAGGGCAGUGGGCCAGCAAGGCGGCGGCCAGGAACAGACAAGCCGCAGACGGAAUUUUUCUCAGCUAACUUUGCAAACGACACGCCUAUGCCACAGACAGCAUGCCUUGACCUUGACUCCGUGCCUCCUUGUCGGUCGGGCCCAAGUCCGCGUCAAGACAUGGCCCCACUGAGCAACGGCGUCGACAAUGACGCAGCCCAAGGUUGUCCCAUCCACCAUCCACCAUUUGCUGCACCGCCAGCUGCACCGCUGCCAAUCACGCCCGCCUGCAUGCCAGUGUGCAGCCAGGUGAGCCAAGGCAGAGAGAGAGAGAGGUGCAGGCAUGUGCACCAAGGAGGACCAUGGCGGCCGCCUGCGCCUACGCUGCCGCUUCCCGCUGACAGGCGACCUGCGAGGCCGAGGGCGAGUUGCAUCCAGCUACUACGUAUUUCCAUGCACGUAGAAGUGCGUACAGCCACUGUAGCGCUGCCGUUACAUCCGGCCAAAGAGGGGGAUCCCAUGCCGGAAACUGAGGCAAGCAGAGGAGAAGGCAGCAUUGGCAAGGCUGGCAGCGUGCUUGCUUGCAUCGUCAUCACCCAUCACCACCAACAUCAUCAUUGUCGGAUUACCAUGACUCCCCCGAGUAGAGUAGUGGGUGAGGAGGACGAGUGCCAUGGAAGCCGCUUGUUGGCCGGGCUGGGGCGCCCCAUGUGUGGCUGUGGGCGCGCCUCGAUAGGCUCACACGUGGCGCGCGGGCAGGGUGAAACAAAGUGCGAAGCCGGCACAACGGUUCGAUCACCAACGACGGCGCAACCAGAGGCCAGGGAUCCGCCGUCGUCAUGGCCAAAGUUUGCCUCGAGCCACCAAUUUCCUGCCCGCCCGGCUGCUUCACGGCUCCCUUGUGCAAUCCCCCGAUGA